AUGCCUCCAGAAAGCAGUGACCCCACUAGAAGCACACCUCUGGAAAGCAGUGUCCCAACUAAGAGCACAACUCCAGAAAGCAGUGUCCCUACGAUUAGCAUGCCUCCAGAAAGCAGUGACCCCACUAGGAGCACACCUCCAGAAAGCAGUGUCCCCACUAGGAGCACAUCUCCAGAGAGCAUUGUCCCCACUAGGAGCACACCUCCAGAAAGCAGUUACCCCACUAUGAGCACACCUCUGAAAAGCAGUGUUCCCACUAGUAGCACACCUCCAGAAAGCACUGUCCCCACUGUGAUCACACCUCUGAAAAGCAGUGUCCCUACGAGUAGCAUGCCUGUAGAAAGCAGUGACCCCACUAGGAGCUCACCUCCAGAAAGCAGUGACCCCACUAGGAGCACACCUCCAGAAAGCAGUCUCCCCACUAGGAGCACACCUCCAGAAUGCUGUGUCCCCACUAGGAGCACACCUCCAGAAUGCAGUGUCCCCACUAGGAGCACACCUCCAGAAAGCAGUGACCCCACUAGGAGCACACCUCUGAAAAGCAGUGUUCCCACUAGUAGCACACCUCCAGAAAGCACUGUCCCCACUAAGAUCACACCUCUGAAAUUCAGUGUCCCUACGAGGAGCAUGCCUAUAGAAAGCAGUGACCCCACUAGGAGCUCACCUCCAGAAAGCAGUGUCCCUAUGAGGAGCAUGCCUCAGGAAAGCAGUGACCCCACUAGAAGCACACCUCUGGAAAGCAGUGUCCCCACUAAGAGCACACCUCCAGAAAGCAGUGUCCCCACUAGGAGCACACCUCCAGAAAGCAGUGUCCCCACUAGGAGCACACCACCAGGAAGCAGUGACCACACUAGGAGCACACCUCUGAGAAGCAGUUUUCCCACUAGUAGCACACCUCCAGAAAGCAGUGUCCCCACUAAGAUCACACCUCUGAAAAGUAGUGUCCCUACGAUGAGCAUGCCUAUAGAAAGCAGUGUCCCCACUAGGAGCUCACCUCCAGUAAGCAGUGUCCCCACUACGAGCACACUUCCAUAA